AUGGCUUUGGUAAAUACUCCUUGCAGACAGUGCGAGGAAUUCACUGUUGACCGUGGCUUACCCGGACGUGGUGAGGAAGAUUGGGUGUAUCACGUUGAAGUGCCAUACCAUCGAAAAGAUACAACGCCUGACUUCCCAGGUCUUUUGGUCUCGUUUAACGAUGGUUGCAACCUCUGCGGGGCUUUGAGGGAUGUCCUCUUGCGCAGGUUUGCUGAAAGCCGUUCUCCAAAGAACGGAGAAGUAAAUGUUUCCGGAAGUUAUGGAUGUCAGUUGGAACUGCCAAUUUACAACAACCUGAUAUUUAAAGUGGAUGGUGCUUGGCAAUCUGAAGCUAGUUUUGUCCUGUACGCAGAAUAUGGCGACGGUGGAAACACUGCUUCGAAGUACUUCCUGGUUCGUCCUGGAUCACGAACAUGGAAUUAUGAAGCGAUCAGCAUUGCGCAGAUGUGGUUGAGAAUGUGCGACAAGCAUGAUACUUGUCGAGGCACGACGCCCAGUAUCCUACCCACAAGGGUUAUAGAUGUCAGAAGCUCGCCUCCUAAGCUUGUCAUGGGUAAUGGUAUUGUUGAUAAAUAUGUGACUCUGAGCCACUGCUGGGGAAUAUGCAAAGAACACCCAUUCGAAGCUCAAUAUACAAGUCAAACAUCAACUCUGUCGUCUCGGAUGGAAGGAAUGCCUUUGGAAGAUUUGCCCGCCACGUUUAGGGAUGCCAUCAUUGCUACUCGUGACCUGGGAUUUCAGUAUCUGUGGAUCGAUUCUAUUUGCAUUCUUCAAGAUUCCAUUCCCGACAAGUCCGUAGAAAUCGCACGUAUGGGCGAUGUUUACGGGAACGCGGCGUUGUGUAUCUGCGCCACAUCUGGCAUCAAUAGUAAAUCCGGCUUCCUACCCCCUUAUCCGUCGUUAGAGCCAUCAGUCAAACUGCCUUUCUACCUGAUGAAUAGCGAGCCUGGAUCCUACAUUAUGUUCAGUCAAGAUCUGUACGAUUUGCAGAACGAAUUUCCCAUUGAUUGGACGUGGGACAUUCAUCAAAGGAGUAUCUGGAAUACCAGGGCGUGGACUUUACAAGAACGCGUUCUCUCUCCCCGUAUUCUACACUUUACCUGUGGUAGGAUAUAUUUUGAAUGUGCAAAGGGAUUUUUUAUGGAGACAAGCCCCAAGCAAGAACUUACAGAGAAUGAUCUCGCAGGCUUACGAGUAGAAGCUGGCUUCAUAAAGGCCCGACGGCUUGGGCAUCCGACUGUACUCAAUUCUAAUGAUCUUAGUUUUGACGCACUUGUAAGGCUUUACUACAAUAUGGUAGACCAGUAUUGUCAACGCAACUUAUCAUACUCUUCAGACAAAGCAGCUGCUUUUGCAGCUUGCUCUGCUUUGUUUCAGAAACGCCUUGGAUUUCAUACAAAUAUUUUUGGCACGUUUCUUGAGGACCUUCCUAGAUGCUUGAUGUGGAUCCCUCUCGGAAACUCAUCCCUAGACUCAAGCUGGCCCUCUUGGUCAUGGUGUUCUCACCAACACCUCUCCUUCUACCAGGGAAUUUUCCACAUGGAAGACUCCGAAGUGCUGAAUACAGACCAACAGCUCUCCCACCAAUCUAAUCACGAGUAUAUACCUGCAACUGACUCUCAACCCCCAAUACUUCGCCUGAAUGCAUUCUCAAAAGGCCCCGGUAAGCUCGUAUGGAAGAAGUCAUACCCCAUGAGCGUAAAAUUUUCGGUUAUGGACCAAGAAUAUGAUCUAGAGCAUGCCGACAUAACAAACAAAUGUGCUACCGACAGAGAAGACCUCUGGCUUUUGAACCUUUGUAAACUCGGUGCCCAGGCCAAACCAAUCUCCGGCUUAAUUCUACAGCCUGCUAUGGAGUCAGAUAGCAGCCAUUAUCGCCGAGUAGGAUUCUACAGAUUGAAGACUUCUGAGGACUCCAAAAAGUUGUUUCAAACUGAAGCGCGGCAAUGGAUGAACUUAGUCUGA